AUGAGAUUCAUCAAGUUUAACAAUCGACUUUUGUCGAUCUCGACUGCCGGACGAAAAACUCUCCCGACAAUAACUGCAUAUUCAAAUUCUUCAAUCUACUAUCGACGUUCAUUAUUGAAUAACUCAAAUUAUGUCUUGGCAGUAUCAUCACAGCAUAUUUACCUUUUUCAUACAUCUUCGUUACACUACGACGAUCGAUCAAAAGUAGAAAGAACGGUUAAUUUGUUAAAGAAAGGUACCGGUGAUAAGGUCAAAACUGUACAAACUGCAUCGACAGAAGUUACGACGCUAGCCAUUCAGUCGGAUGCUUCCUUAGUACCAACAACGACUCCUGUCGCGACAAUUGUCAAACGCAAAUCUCUCUGGCAACGAAUUGUGCACGAAUUAAAACAUUAUUAUAAUGGUUUUAAAUUAUUGUUUAUUGAAACCAAAAUUGCUUUUCGUCUUCUUCGACAAGUUCUCAAUGGACAUACAUUAACUCGACGAGAACGCAAACAAUUUACUCGCACUGCUUCUGAUCUAUUUCGACUUGUUCCUUUUUCUGUAUUUAUCAUCGUUCCAUUUAUGGAAUUUACAUUACCAAUCUUUUUAAAACUUUUCCCAAACAUGCUACCAAGUACAUUUAAAGAAGCCGAUAAAGAAAAAGAGAAGUUGAAAAAACAAAUGGUACUGAAGUUCGGUGUGGCAAAGUUUUUACAAGAUACAUUAGAAUCCACAGCAUUAACAGCAAAGAGAAAACGCUCUGAUGAUGCAUUACCAGCACAAUUUAUUGAAUUCAUGAAUAAGGUUCGUUCCACUGGUGUCCAACCGUCCACAGAAGAAAUCAUGAAAUUUUCUUCUUUAUUCGAAAAUAAAUCAACUUUAGACAAUCUUGAUCGUCCACAAAUCGUUGCCGUAUGUAAACUUCUCGGUAUCUCAACUAUUGGCCCGGAUUAUUAUCUUCGCUUUACGCUUCACUUGAAAUUACGUCAUUUAGCAGCUGAUGACAAAUUAAUUCAAGCCGAGGGUGUUGACAAUUUGACUGUCGAGGAAUUACAAGCUGCAUGUCGCGAACGUGGCAUGCGUUCACUUGGUGUGAGUGUCGAACGAUUACGUUCCCAAUUGCAACAAUGGCUUGAUUUACAUCUUAAUCAACGUAUUCCGACGACGAUUCUUUUACUGUCACGCGCACUCUAUCUACCAGAAAAUAUUUCUCAAGAAAAGGUUCUCAAAGCCGCAAUUCAAUCACUUCCCAAAGCAGUCGACAAUGUAACCGCUGUUAAACUAGCGCAAGUUAGUGGUGAACGUAUGGAUAACACUCAACGCAUUGAAUACAUCAAACGUGAAGAUGAAGCAAUCCGAAAAGAGCAAGCAGACAAAGCGCGAACAAAAGUUUUGACCGAAGCUGAACUAUUGAAGAAAAAACUAGCCGAACAAGUUGUUAUCCCAACAACACCAUUGGAUGUUCCCAAAGAAGAAAUUCUCGUUGAUACUGCACCAGUACUUAUUGAUAUGAAACCAGUUGAGAAAAAAGAUGAACAAAAUAUUGAUGUUCGACCAUUUGAAACUGCUCUUGGACAAUUAGUCAAGGAAAAAACAAAAGAAGUAUUUAGUACUGUUGAAGGUAUCCGAGGCCUGAAAGCGGAUGUGAAAGAUUAUAAAGAAGAUGUUAAACAACUUGAGGUGUUGACAGCAACAAAGCAAUUGAAACAUUUAGGUGAAACACGUUCAGCUAAAGCGCUUUCAAAACGCAUUGACAAGCUUAUCGGUGAUCUCGAUCAGAUUGUGCAAACACUUGACAAAAGACAAGAUAUUCUAAAAGCUGAUAUCAAGUCUGAAGAAGAUGUACUCAAAGAUUCAGCAUUACUAAAAAAUGAUCAAAUUCAACAAACAAAAGAUUUUCUUACCGAGAGAAGAAACAUGCUUGUUUCCACUCAAGAAUUCGUUAAUACAAUUCGUCAAAUUCAAAAGGCUUCCAACGAGUCCAACGAUGCUCAAGUCUGGGACAUUAUCAAUCAGUUCGAUCACAAUAAAGAUGGUUUUAUCGAAGCUGAUGAAAUCUUAAAAGCAUUGGAAUUAAUCGGUAAUGAAAAAGUUCAAAUAUCGAAAACGCAUUUGCAAGAAAUCAUUGGUCUCGUUCGCAAAGAACACAUUGUUGAAAAGAAAGUAAAAAUCGAUGCAAUGAUUCAACAACAGGCAAUGAAUUUUAGUGAAUUGUUUAAAGUCACAUCUCGGCAAUGCUCAUUCUCUCCAGAUGGUGAAUAUCUCGCAUGUGUCAAUCAAUAUCGUUUAGUAAUACGCUCGUCAACAACAUUAGAAAUCAUCAAUUUGUUCGCUUGUGUCGAUACAAUCGAUACAAUCGAAUGGUCCUAUGAUUCACGUUUAAUCUUAGCUGGUCUGAUCAAACGAAAUGCUGUUCAAGUCUUUUCUCUCGACAAUCCUGAAUGGAAAUGUAAAAUUGAUGAAGGUUCAGCUGGCCUUUGUAAUGUGCAUUGGGCACCUGAUUCUCGGCAUAUCCUAACAACAGCACAAUUUCAUUUACGUAUUACAGUUUGGUCGUUAGCGUCGAAAAACGUCUCCUAUAUUAAAUAUCCAAAGAAACUCUCGCCAAAAUCUUAUGUGUUUAGCUUAACAAAACCGUAUAUGGCGCUGGUAGAACGUCGAAAUGAUAGUACCGACCAUAUUUCGAUCUUUGAUUAUUCAGCGAAUUGGUCAAUGAUCGCACAUUUUCAACCAAGUGAGUUAGAAGAUCUGCAGGGAAUCGAGUGGUCACCGAUUGCUGAUGUUUUAUGUCUGUGGGAAAAUUCGUAUGAAUAUAAAAUCGUUUUUUAUACACUUGAUGGGCAAUUAUUAAAUGUAUAUAAAGCAGAGAAUGAUCGAUUAUCGUUAGGCGUGCGCUGUGCUCGUUGGUCGCCAACCGGACAAGUUAUUGCCGUGGGAGACUAUGAAGAACGUAUAACAAUAUUCAGUUAUUUAACUUAUAAAAAAAUUCAAUCAUCAUUUGAACAUCCACAAAAAUUAUCAUCUGGAAAAGGCUAUACAAUCCUCAAAGAAGAAGAAUAUAAUUUAGAUGAACAGGAGAAAAACGAACACAGUCAGCGAAAACCAUACUCUUCGGCUGCUUAUUCAUCUGCAGCUGUCUUGCAACCAGAACCUAAAAAUGCUGUUGAAUCAAAGUAUAUCAUCUAUAAUGGUACUCUACAGAUCGCACCGAUAAAGCCAGAUCUUGAUCGAGCUAAUCCUCGCUUAGGUGUUUCAUCCAUUGAAUAUUCUUGUUCAGGUCGAUAUUUAUCCACAAUCAAUGACACAAUGCCAAAUCUUCUAUUUAUAUUUGACUUUAAGCCAACACUCCACUUAGCUUUUGUUCUCAUCCAAACUCAACCGAUUCGCUGUGUUAAAUGGGAGCCUAAACGUGAUCAUUUAGCGUUAUGCACACAUAAUAAUCGUGUUUAUGUCUGGUCACCACAAGGUGCAUCUUGUAUAAAUCUUCCAGAUGAAUCAUCAAAACACAAUAUUGAUGAAAUCAAAUGGAAUAAUUUAGCAUCUUCACCAACGGUUGCUUUGAUUGGACAAGAUUCGAUGUGUGUCGGAUUUAUUGAUACUUAA